AUGCUCCAAGGAGAAGCUGAGAUCUGGUGGAAGUUCGUGAGACCUACAUUUACUGCACCUGGAGGCGUGAUUCCUUGGAAUGCCUUCAAGGAAAAAUUCCUAGAAAAUUAUUUUCCACGAGAUCUCAGGAAGCGAAAGGCAAGGGAAUUUCUGGAUUUGAAGCAGGGAAACAUGUCCGUUGAAGAAUACACGGCCAAAUUUAAUGAACUUCUACAGUACUGGCCUCAAUACCAAGAUGCUCGGAACGAAGAAGACUUAUGUGCUCAGUUUGAGAAUGGGCUUCGACUAGAGAUUCAACAGGCAGUUAGCUACAUGCAGAUCACGGAUUUCAAUCAACUAGUGACAAAGUGCAGAAUAUUUGAGGACAACAUGAAAGAGAGGCAAGCUAGAGGUUUUGGAGGACCACAGAGAAGCCAUCCUUUUAGAGGAAACGGUAAUAAGAGGAUGAAGCCAUAUUCUAGCAACAAGGGGAAACAACCUAUGGCUACGUCCAACAUGAGCUUGUCAAAGGGGACUGGGAGAAAGAAGAAGGAGAGAUGGGAGUCACUUAUUUCAAAUCGUUUUGGGUUGGGACUAUUGUGA